AUGUCCAAGGCUGAGGAUGGCGAGCGAUUGACGUGGAAGGACAUGCCCAGUCCACUGAAGUUUGUCGCAGACGCUGGAGAGGUUCCCACGUUGUUGGAUAAGGCAGUUGUGGGUAUGGUCCCGGGCGAAAGCAAGCGGCUGUUAGCAUAUGGAGAGCCAGAGGAAGGAACGAAUGAAGUUUGGGACUUUUCCAAUGAAAAGACACCACCCUGCGAUAUGCCAGUGAUGCUCGAUAUCACACUUCUAAAGGCCCGCCUCGAGCAGAAUGCGGAUGGCGUUUCCGUGAAGACGUUAAGGCCUGGUGAUGGCCGUACGUUCCCACAAGUGGGCGACCGGAUCUCAGUGCAGUACACAGGGAGGCUGGCCAGUGGGAAGAAGUUUGACUCCACCUACGACCGACGAGGAGUGGCAUUCACCUUCCGUGUGGGCUUGGGGAAAGUGAUUCCUGGAUGGGACCUGGCUUUGAUGAAGCUUUCCCUCGGGGAGAAAGCGCUUCUGACCAUCCCAUCAGCCUUGGCGUAUGGACCGAAGGGAUACGGAAAACUGAUUCCUCCGAACUCCGAUUUGAUCUUUGAGGUCCACUUGGAAAAGGUGAGCCGAUACAGCUUUUAG